AUGGCGAAAGGCCGGAAGCAGGUGUCGGCCCACCAGCAGCGCCUCCUGGAGAGCUUCGCCUGCCGGCAGGACCAGGCCGCCGGCGCCGACCUCCCGGACCUCGGGGAGGACGAGGUCUGGUCCUCCGCCGCCGCCGACGAGGAGGAGGAGGUGGCGGCGGGGGAGAGCAGCGGGGAUGAGGGGGGGCGGCGGCGGAGGGGGUGGCGGGAAGGAGGCGGCGUCGCCGGGGGAGGAGAGACGGCGCCGAGGGGGAUCCAGCAGCGGCAGCAGCAGCGGGGGCGGCGGCGGGAGGCGGCGGUGUCGGCGCCGGUGAGCGUGCCGGCGUGGGGCGGCGGCACCGCCAGACAGGGCGGCGAGGGGGAGUCGCCGCCGGGGGAGGGCGGCGACCGUUGGAUGCCGCCGCACGAGUACCUCGUGCGGGAGCAGCAGCGGCGGGCGGCUGGCUCCGUCUUGGAGGGCGUCGGCCGAACUCUCAAGGGCCGCGACAUGCGCCGCCUCCGCGACGCCGUCUGGAACCAGACCGGCUUCUUCGGUUGA